AUGGAAGCUCAAAAAAGGGGAUCAGCGAAAGGAAAGCGCAAGGCCGAGAGUAAUGUGCAACAAUCAAGAGUUGGCCGAGAUGCAUUUUUUAAUUUCAUGAAAAAAGAACGGCUUGAAAUGGGGAAAAGGGCCAAUGCAAAGUUGGACAUACAAGAAGAGAUUGCUAACAAGUGGAGGAAAUUGAACCCUACAGAGAAGGCAACAUAUGGUGCUGCCUUGGAAGGUUCGAGUGGGAAAGUACAAGGUUCGACUGGGCAAGUAGACGACUCAGUGAAUGAGAUGGGUUUUAUCACUAGAUGCAGCCUGGACCAAUUCCAUCGUACGGUGGAAAAAUUGUCGAAUGAGAAGCGGUUAGCAAUUAAUGCUAUUGGGUUCGGUAAUAUGGCAUCAUUGUCAUGCACUCGUUUACACCGCCAACUAUGCCAAUUUUUUAUUCAAAGGUUCAAUCCUGAUAUGUCCUCUAUAGAACUACACGGCAAUGUGUUUGGAAUAGGUGCCAUUGAGUUUGGGCGUGUUAUGGGGCUUAAGAACAUCGGCGAGGAUGUUCAACUGGACUGUGAUGUAGAAGAUGAAAAGAUGAAACAGUUAGUGAAGAGUUUUGGUGGAAAUGGCAAGAGAGUAUCAGUAAAGGGUUUAGCAUAA